GUUCCUACGUUUUGCGGUCCGGGAACAGGGCAGCCGUCAGCAGAGAGACAAAAAGCAAUGACAGCUAGAACGGGCGCCGAACGGUUCUCGACGAAGAAUCGCUCCGAUACAACAUAAAGAAAACCCCUUUGUCCGUAUAGAUACGGUCGAUUGAAACGAUAAUAGAGGCACCCGCGCGGUGUGAUGCGGACUCGGAGGUUCGACGACGACGACGAAGAGGACGGAAUCGCAACGGAAGCACCGAUCGCGAUCCCUGUUGGUGGCGAUCAAAAUGUCCGGACAGUGUCGGGAGACUGCUACGGCGCGGGCCGCUGCAAAAACGUCGCUUAGCUCGCAAAAACAAGGCCCCCUUAAGGCGACCAUUCCUAUGUCGUCCGUUUUGAAACAUCCCGGCCAUAUACGAAAGGGGCACAGUCCUCAGUUGUCGCCAACGAUUUGGAAACCAAGAACCAGUUCGGAUUCAGGUUUAAGAAGCCCUGGAUCCACCGUGUACAAAGAAAAGUCAAAGACAUUGGGAAGUGUUAGUGGGAAUGGAGGAAGUGCAAUUAGAAGAACUGCAUCUUUAGAUACAAUCUAUUUAAGGGGGCACUGGCCUAGAGACAGUCUGUAUUAUUCAGGGUUUUUAUUGAUAGAUAAAGCAACACAGACUGAAGAUUAUGAUUGGACAGACACAAGAAAAAUCCAUUGCAUAGCUGAAAAUGAUGAUAAAUUAGAAAAGAUGAUCAUAAAGCAAAGACUUCAAAGGAGCAAUAAUCAACAGUCAUGUCCUGGAGGAAGAAGUGGAUUGUCCCCAAGUAAUUCGCCUGUGACAGCCGAUCACACACUUACAACCAGCUCUCAAACAAAUACCUCUUGUAUGAUGCCGCCACCGCUUCGAGCCAAUCCAGUAAAUAUCCCGGUGAAACCACUCCCAAAACAGGCGAUGCGCAGUUCUGUUGAGGGACUUAAUCAGGAAAUUGAACGGUUGGUGCUCAAAUCAUGCAAGGCGGAUUUGCCUUAUAGCGAUCGAGGUGAUGACAACAAGUUUUGUCAAGCAACACCAGAAGGUCACCGUGCUCCACUGCCGGUAAUGUGUUCAGUCAAUACGCAAACACCAUCAGCAAAUGACAUUAUGGGCAGUUGUCAUUCAUUAAGUCCUGCUUCUAGAAAUUCAAUGUCUCCAUUAAUAUGUGGUAAUAUGGAUUUAUCUUCUGGUGGUAGUGUAGGUUCAAGUCCGGAACAUGAGGGUAAUAAACUAGGUACAUCUCCAAGAAUAUUUAUGGCAAGGGGACCCCCGGAUGGUUGCGAAAAGGUGCCGUUAAGACAGCAAGGUGAUGAACGACGCAGUUUGCCAUUGGAUCACGCUCCGCAACCGCCGUGCACGUUCCAGUUAAAACCAAGUUUGGGUUCGGCCUUUCAGCUGUUACAGCCGAGCGCUCAAUCCGACCGACAUCAUCAUCAGGAAGCGUCCGCUGCUUUGGUACCAUCGCCGCAACAACCACAUAUACACCACGACCUCAUAUAAUAGUUUCGGGUGCGGCUCGGACCGCGUUUCAGAUUAUUAAUCAGAUCAUCUUUAUUCGUAAACUCAAAGAGAGGCCCAAUAUAUUAUUAUGUAAUAUUUCAAAAAAAGAUAUGUAUAAAGAAAAUAAGAUAACGAAAAUUUUGCGAAAACAAAAAAAAUGAAGAAUUGUUUAAAAAAAAAUGGUAUACUUAUGUUUAGCACGAGAAUGGUACAACUCUCUCUUUACGGGUCAAUUUGAAAAAUUUUAAUAAACAUUUUGGGGGGAUUUAAUGCCUUAUGUCUGGAGGUUUAUUAUUAUAGGGGAUAUUGUUUGGUGAUUAUGUUUUGGUUUGAAGUUGGAAUCUCUAUAGUCAAAAAAAAGAAUGGGAAUGAAACCGAUACGUCUUGAUAAUAGUACUUACAAAUUUGCUACAAAAUUCUAUGAUGAUAAAAAAGAAAAUUUAAAACGGAAAGUUUGCGCAUAUAUUUUUUUACUACUGAGCAAGUGAUAUUGGAUGAAAUAAUCUGAAACUUUUCUAGUUUAACCUCAAAUAAAUAACACAACAAAAAAAAAAAAGAAACCAACAACAAGAAAAGAACAUAUUUUCUUUGUAUGGUGACCUACAAAAGUGGAACAUACUUAUUUUGUGAGUUACCAUAAGUAUAAAAAUAAAGUAAUUACAGGAAGAUUAAAGAAAUAACACUAUACAAAAUCUGUAAUGAAAGUAAAUACAAACAAAAUACAAUUACGGUAACCUCACAUACACAUACACACAUUCACACAACAAAAAAGCAUUACACAGCAGGUCCUGUAAAUAAGUAACAUUCCAAUACAUGUAAAUGGGAAACCAACCAACCGAUCGAUCGACCGAUGGGAGUUUCGUAUCAAAUGGGGGUAAAAACCUAAAUAACAAAAUAAACGGCAGAAUUUAUAUCGACGCCCGGAGUGGACUGGAAGAAUGCUGUGAUUAUUAGUGUAACAAUACGUAUAAUGCGCCGCGAGGUGGACUUCUAUAAUAUAUAUAUAUAUUUUUCCGGUUACUACUAAUGAGUAUCGUUUAAUUAUUAGGAUUUGUUAUAUUAUACGGCAAUAAUUGUGGAUCGUCGAAUCCGACGGCGACGACAAGAAAAAAAAACCAUCAGUAUAUGUAUAUUUGUACCAGUUGUUACCUUUAAUGUUAAUUGCGGUAUUAUUACUAGUUCUUUUUUUUAAUUUCAUGUAUAUGUACAGACAUAUCUAAAUAAAUGGACUGAGAAAUUAA